GUUUCCUGUGUAAGUCCCCCGUUUUCAAACGGAAUUUAUCGUUCAUAUUAGUCGUAAAUGCACACUCCACGUUAAAUCAGACUGUAAGGUUUUUGUAUCAUCAAAGUCUGAUGCAUUGAUUAGUGUGGAAAGAAUUGUCGUACAUGAGUAGUUGAAUCAAAACAGUAAAAUGAGUUCUAGUUCAGGAACAGAAGAUAAUGCCGAUUGUGAUUCAUUUGCAAUAAUCGAAGAUGAGCCAGAGUCAAUCCAACUUGGUGAAACUGGAUCACUGUGCACCUUAAACAUGGCGUCUUUAGACUCAACCCAUGUAAAUCAGACGCUCAAAGCGACAAAUGAAGGAGACACUCUCGUGAGGGACCCGGAUAAUGGUGCACCAAUGAGCAAUGGUGCAUUAGCGAGCACUGGCGCAUCAGCGAGCAAUGAUGUAAUUGCAAACAAUGGUGAAACUGUAUCCCUACAAUCAGACUCACUACAAACGUUGACUAUAAAAAACAAUAACGACAUCACUGUUUCAGUUAAGCCUCCCCCAGAAAAGAAAGAAGUUUACAUGGAGAAACCGAUGAUCUUCAUCGAACAAGGUCCAGAUGGUAAACUUGUAGUUAAUGACGAAGCAGUGAAGAAGUUGUCUAAGAUUGAAAAACCCAUGGUGAUCAUGGCGAUUGUUGGACCGUACAGGACUGGAAAAUCUUAUUUGGCAAACCGAUUAGCAAAUGCCGAAAAGCAUUCAGGGUUUGAGCUAGGCGAUACAGUGCAAUCGAAAACAAAGGGAAUCUGGAUCUGGGCAAGAGAACAUCGAGAAGAUCCUGAAAAAUGUUUCCUGAUCAUCGACACAGAAGGAUUACACGAUGGCACUAAUAAAGGAGGUGGUAAAAACUACGAAAACAAGAUAUUUGCUAUGAGCAUUCUACUAUGCAGCGUAUUUGUUUUUAAUACCACGAGCAGAAUUGAUCAGAAGGCGAUCGAUGAACUAGAUUUCAUCACCCAUAUAACUGAUUAUAUAGAAGGCCAGGCGCCUGAUCCCAUGGAUGACACGAGAGAUAACGAAGAUUUCGAUCCUUAUAUUAGCAUUCGACCUAAAUUCGCUUGGGUUUUGAGGGACUUUUUCCUAAAGUGUGAAAUGGAUGGGCACGUUAUUACCUCGGAAGAAUACAUGGAAAAAUGUUUGGAAUGUAAAACAAUCCCUAGAAUGGCAAAUAAAAGGAUGAAGGAUGAAUUGGAUGAUUUCAAUUACCCGAGAGAACAGAUCAAGAACAUGUUCCCAGAAAGAACGUGUUUCUGCAUGGUGACACCUAUAAGUGAUCAAAAACUAUUAGCAAAUAUAGAUAGCGUUGACGAGGAGAAGCUUGAACCAGCGUUUCUGCAAGAAGUCCAAGCGUUCGAAGAUUUCAUCAUGUAUAAGUGUGAACCUAAGUACAUGAUGCUUGGACACAAGAAGGUUUACAUAACUGGAAAAAGACUAGCUUCUUUGGCGGAAACCUAUGUACAAACAGACACCCCCAACAUUCAGAGGGCAAUUGAUGGUAUAACUAAGCGUGAGAAUGAAGCAGUCAUGGAUGAUAUCAUUGCAUGCCACCACGAGCAUAUUGAGCAGAAUUGUUCAAUGCCCAUGGAACCUAACAAACUCCAAGAAUACAUUACCAAGCAAGAGGAAGCGUUGAUCAAAGAAUUUGGAGAGAGAAAAAUGAAUGAUAAAGAUUUGAAAUAUGAAAAAGAAAUGAAGGAUCGCAUCAUUAAGUCAAAGGAGAGUAUCCUGCAGACAAAUGAAGCUAUUGUAAAAUCAGAAUGUCUUAGGUUGCUUGCCGAUUCUGUUGAGCAUUACCACGAUCUCAUCAGAGAGGAGUGCAUCUUUCCCGUUCCCCAAUCAGAUCUCCAAAGAGCUAAUGCUGACACACAUAAAACCAUUGUGCAAGACUUUAUAAAGAACACAGCAUUUGAUUCAAAGCAGCAGUUUGUGGAGAAAUUAAAGAGUGAUCUUGAGAGAGAGUACAAAAAGUUAUUGGAAAGGAACGAGGCGGAUGACAAUAGAAUUCGAUUGAAAGGGAAGGAGAAAAUCGACGAAUGCUGUUCGCAUUUGGUUUGUUCUAUGAAGAAAGAACGACAGGACAUUGGGAAUGAACCAAUAGAUGAUGAAGAUCUUCGCAAGGUAUACGACAAAUGCUUUGAUGAAGAAAUGAAGCGCUUUGGUGAAGCAGUGACAUUUUAUGGAAAGGAGGAACUUCAAAAGAAUCUUAAGCAUAAACUUGAUGAGGAAAGAAAGAAAUUUGAAAUCAUGAAUAAAACAGCACGUGACCACAAAAAGUUACUAGAAACUGAGAAGAGGCUUGCUGAGACGGCACAAAACCUUAAAAUAACUACAGAAACCUCCGACAAAAAUAAAAGUGAACUGGAAAUGGUAAACAAACAACUUAUGAAAACUAAAAAAGAGGGAGAACAGGUGAAGGAAAGGUUGUCAGAACAGAACAAAAAGUUGGAUGAAACUGUGCAAAAAGCUAAUGAAUUGGAGAAGUCCAACAAGAAUCUUGAGGUUAAUGUUCAAGAGGAGUGUGAGAAAAACAAACAGAUGCAUUUAGAGUUGAACGAGAAAAUGAAACAGCUGGCUGAAACCAAUGAUCUUUUCAUGAACAAAACAGUAGAGUUAGAAAACACCAGGAAGUUGGUAGACACCAUGGGUUUACUAGUCGAAAACCUGGAAAAAUCUAGGGGUCUUUUCCGAUUGAGACUCAAGGGUGCCCCUUACAUCCUAGAGGCUAUUGCAGAAGACAAAGUAAUUCUAAGCAAAAUUGAAGCUGGAAAAAACAGCAAAGGUGAUCUUUGGAAAUGCGAUGGACUCUAUAUUGUGAAUUAUGAAUUUCAAAAAGUACUUGACUUCAAUCCGAGAGAAAUGCAAAAAGGACGCACUAAACUGUUCUUGUCUGAAAAAGAGGGAGGACGGGUUUCGCAGCAUUGGUUGUUGAAAAGUGACCAGGCCUUCGUGCGUAUCAAGAGUAAACAGCGGUCAAAAGAUAAGGACUUAGUAUUGGAAGGUGAUUGCAAAUUUUUAACAGGAACCAAAUUUGACAAAGCUGCAGAAAAGGGAGUUUGUGUCGCCGAGCGUGCGAGCAUAGAUUUUAUAUCAGAAAGUCAGAAAUGGGCAUGCAUCAUAGCACACAAUAUCUCAAUCACGCAGCAAACAGAAGACAUUAUAUAGUAAACCGGUCAUUGACUCGUCGACUAGGAGGCAAAACCACCCAUCUCUGACCCAGUACACAUGUAUAUCGAUGGCAUCUCCAGCAAUGUAUCGUGUGUAUAUUUUCAAAAGAAAUUGAAUAAAAUACUUAACAUAAAUAUAUGUGUUAAUUUUCUCAAUAUAAAUAUAAUACCAGGUAUAAAUAAGUAAAUAUAUGUAGAGUGUAAAAUGUACAGAAAGUUUUCCCGGGUUUCCCUGCAAUCCUUCUUUAAUACAUAUUUAAAAUUGAGAUGUGAUAAAUUAAGAACUUCAAAUGUUUAAGGUAACAUAAAUCAGAAAUGUCCAAAUAGAUAAGUUAAAAAAGAGAACGUUCACAGUUCAGACUUUUGUGAAAUAAUCUUUUCUUUUUCUUUUAGAAUUUUUGAGCGAGACCCAUCCCACAAUCCUCGUCCAGGCUGAUACAGAUAUGAGC